AUGCUACCAGCGUCCACUACACCACCAGUCACUACACCAUACCAGAGCCACGUCCACUACACCAUACCAGAGCCACGUCCACUACAACAUACCAGAGCCACGUCCACACACUGUACCAAGCCACGUACACUAUCCAUAAACCACGUCCACUACACCAUACCAAACCACGUCCACUGCACCAUACCAGACCACGUCACUACACCAUACCAGACCACGUUCAAUACACCAUACCAGAGCCACGUCCACUAUAACAUACCAGAGCCGACCACUACACCAUACCAGAGCCACUUCCACUACACCAUACCAGAGCCCGUCCACUACACCAUACCAGAGCCACGUCCACUACACCAUACCAGAGCCACGUCCACACCAUACCAGAGCCACUCACUACACCAUACCAGAGCCACGUCCACUACACCAUACCAGAGCCACGUCCACUACACCAUACAGGCCACCACUACCAGACCACGUCCACUACACACCAUACCAGAGCCACGUCCACUACACAUGUACCAGAGCCACGUCCACUACACCAUACCAGAAUCACAUUUACCCACGUCCACUACACCAUACCAGAACACCAUACCAGAGCCACGUCACCAUACCAGAGCCACGCCAGAGUCCACGUCCACCACCAUACCAGAGCCCGUCCACUACACCAUACAGAGCGUUCUACAUCAUACCAGAGUCACGUCACUACACCAUACCAGAGCCACGUUACUACACCAUACCAGAGCCACGUUCAAUAUCCACGUCCACUAA